GCUUUCAAAUAUUUAAAAUAAUUUAAAAUUUUUUCCCCCAAAACAAAACCAAUUUAUUGAAUACAUAAACUUUUUAAAACCAAUUUAACAACAUGCCCAAACCCCAGUUUCCUAUGCAUGACUAUCAUUUGCAUAAAUCGUUGAGAACUUGUGUUACCGCAGUUGGAUUGUCAAUGGCUUCUGGAUUAGCGUACUAUUUUCUGCACCAUUUACCAUUAAAAGCUAAAUAUAAAAAUUUCUAUUCCAAUUAUGAUCCAAUGGCUUCAUUUAAUCGCAUGAUGGCAGGAGGAUAUUUAAGUUCUUGUCCAGCAGCUAGCAAGAGUAGUAAUGAGAAGGAUAAAAAGAAAUAGACGAAUGAAAUAUGAGAGUUGUGGAUAUUUACUGAAGUUUAGUUUUAUUGCAAGAAAUGUAUGCAAAAAUUGUUUUUAAUUAAAAUUGAAUUUUAAAUAUAAUUUCAACUUAACAAAAU